AACGUCGUUGAGAACACAAGAGGCACACGGCACACCCCCUUUUUCAUCCACGUGUCACAAACAUUAAAAAAAUAACACCACUUCAUAGCAAAACGCUGCGUUUCACAGUGAGCUGCAAGUGUUGGGGAUCUCCGAUUCAGUUUUCAGUUAGGCGCAACUGUUUCCGUUGUCUGAAAUAUUCAUCACUCCAACCGAUCCAAAAUCAACCCAAUUUCAUUCUUCAAUUGCACUGUAGCAUUGGCGUGUCCGACACCAACACGACACUGAUACAGGAUCCAUAACAACAAUUGUUGAAGUUUUUUUACGAUUAGAACAAUGGAAACUCAAAGUGUUGAAGAUAAUACCAGUGAUGUUGAUGUUGGAGGUGUUUCAGAUAAUGGAGAAGUUAUUGUGGAUUUUGAAAUGAGUGUGGUAUAUUUCUCUGAGAAAGUUUCAAAUUUAAGUAUUUUUAUGAUGAAUUUGGAAACUUUGGAAGGUGAAUUAGAGGGUUUAGUUUGUGAUGAAGAAAACAUCGAUAUGGAUUGUGUUUUAAAGGGUUUUGAGUUUGAUUUGUUAUGCGGGGUAAUGGAUUCUGAGGUUGGAGAUUUGGGUUUGUUUUUGGAUACACUUCAUGCUGAGAUUUCUGGUUCUAGAGAGAGAGAUUCUUCUUUGAACAAUUGGCAAGAGAGGUUGGUUGAAUCCGAGGAGCAGUUUUAUGAGAUUAAGAAACAAUCUUUUAGUUUUGAAAGGACUUUGUCUUCUUAUAAGAAGGAAGAGAAUGGGAAUGUUGAAGACGAUGGAAAUGUCCAAGAGGAUGAUCAAACUUCGAAUGUAAACAACAUGAUGAACAUGCAAACAACUGAGCAACAUAGAAACAUUUUGAGGAUGCUUGAGAAAUCUUUGGCAAAUGAAAUAGAUCUCGAGAAGAAUUUCAAUGACUCGAAGAAAAUUGAAGAAAAGCUAAAUCUGAGGAUCCUUUCUUUAGAAGACGAGUUAAUUCAAACAGAGGAAGAAGCGAUCGAAGUUUGGGAAAGAUUUUUUGAGGCAGACAAUGCGCGUGAGAUCCUGAAGGGAAUUUCAAAUGAAGUGUUGGCUAAACUCAAGCUUUCUCAGUUCAAUUUGGUCGGUUUAAGAAAAAGUGAAUCCGAGCUUAGAGAUAAGCUGGAAACUUCUAUAGAGCAAUUGAAAAGUAGAGACGUUAAUUUGGAAAAGAUCGAAAGCAGCGCAGCUGAAGCAGUCAAUUUAGGUGACAAAGUGUGUUCACUUGAGAAGCAGCUACAAGAAACUGAAUGCCAGUUAGUGAAUGUGAAAGUCUCUGCCGAUGAAUAUCAGCAACAGUAUAACGUUGUGUGUUCUCAAGUUAGAGACAUGGAUAACCUUAUCGUAGAAUUGAAAGAAAAUGCAAAAAAUGCAGAAAAUCAAGCUAAUGCUGCAGAAGUUCAGUGUAAAAAAUUGACGGAAACUAAUGAAGAACUCAACAAGGAGCUGACUCUUUUAAAAGACUGUGGUAUCACAUCCGAGAGUGUAGAGUUACUUGAAAGGCAGCUAAAGGAGACUGAUUUACAGCUGCAACAAGCAGUAGCGUCUGCUGGAGCUAGUGAAGAGAAGCAAAAGAUGCUGUGUUACACAAUUGAAGAUAUGGAACAUGUGAUAAAGGAUCUUAAGUCAAAGGUUUCUAAAGCUGAGAGUCUAGCUGACAGUGCAGAGGACAAGUGUAUCAUAUUAUCUGAAUCUAAUGCUGAUUUAAACGAGGAAGUAAGUUUCUUGAGGAGUAGAUUGGAAUGCUUGGAGGGAUCACUGCACAAAGCGGAGGAAGCGAACAUGACAACUGCAAAGGAUAUUGGAAAGCAAAUCAAAGUUUUCAAAAGUUUGGUGACACAGCUGGCUUUGGAGAGAGAGCGUCUUAUUAAGAAGCUAUCCUCCUUAGCAAGCGAGAACAAAAUUUUGGUAGUGAAGCUGAGGCAAACAUAUAAGGGUUCUUCUAAAGAAGUUGGUGCGACUUUUUCUUCUGAGCAUGAGGGGAACAAGACAUCGAAAAAUUCAUCUGCAAAUGAUAAUGAAGUAAAAUCAGAUUCAAUACCAGAUGUUGGGACUGUGAGGAGAAUAGAUGCAGGAGUUCUUACCUUUAAGCACUUAUUGAUAUCAUUGUUUGUCUUGCUCCUUUCAGCUGUGACCUUUCUGUAUUUCAAGGACUUGAAUGUUGAUGUCAGACUAUGAAGGGAUUGACCUUUCUUUAUUUUUGGAAAGGCAAGACACUACUCUUGGGAUCUUGGCAGGGACUUGCGGAAUGGGAAAUGACAUCAUAUGAAAGGACAAAUUCCCUUAAAAACGACGAUUCGUUGAAUCCUUACAAGUGCAGUAUGGUGAUGCAGCUGUAGAGGAUCCCCAGGUCCAGGAGAUAGAUUGUACUAGGUUACAAGGACACUGACACUGUAGGUUUUAAUGCAAAGCAUUGUGUAGUAAUCAAAUUUUGUUUCAAUGGCACGUAUUUUCUUUUGCAGUAGAUUCCCUUAAAAACCACGAUUACUUGAAUCUUACAAUUUCAGUAUGGUGCUGCAGCCGUAGAGGAUCCCAGGUUCGGGAGAUAGAUGGUACUAGGUUACGAGGACAAUGACAUUGUAGGUUUUAAUGCAAAAGCAUUGUGUAUGUGUAGUAAUCAAAUUUUGUUUCAAUAGUAUGUAUUUUCUUUAGUUGGAUGGUGUGCCAAGCAGCUAUGAAUUGUUUUAGUAA